AUGAAUUCCACCGAUUUCACAGCAGAUUUAGACGGAAAAAAGUGUGUAAAAUGUGAAAACAAUGCCAAAUUUACAGGCGUUGACCCGAAAAAAGCGUGGUAUUGUCAAGAGUGCUUCAUACAAAUGGACGCCGAUGCUCGUGAAACUCUGAUAGUUUACGAUGGAUCAGCGUCUGGAGCGUUUCUUCUGAAUCAAAUUGACGACGCAUUGAAACAAAUCACCUAUAAAAGACUGAUGGUGCAGCCAACAGUUCUCGUGUUGGUUUCCGUCACAGAAGAGACAGAAAUUCAAAGAGUCGUCGAACGUGUCGAGGAGCUUAAGAAAGAGUUAUUGGAAAAUGUCAGAUGGUUUAUCGCACAUGUCGCUUGUUCCAUGUAUACAGAUUCAGUAGAUUUGGAUGAUGUGAGGUGUAAUGGCACUGAAAAAAUUCCCGAGUACACGGAUCUCCUCUCCUCAUGCUCUGUGCCAACGUAUCGAAAGGAAUUAGAACGGAUUUUGAGAGAGAAAUGUCUUCAAAACAUCUCAAAAUCUCUGAAAAUCUCAAAAUGUAUGGUACCGGACGACGCCGACGAUCUGGGAAGAUUGGCACUGGAUCAGUUGUGUCUUGGCAGAGGCGGAUCGCUUUCCCCACUGGUGACAGUCACUGAUAAACGAUCGGAUUUUCUGUUGAUUCGACCGAUUUGUGACUUAUCGAAAAGAGAAAUUUCGAUUUAUAACUAUUUGUGUGCAAUCGAUAAGCAAUAUAUCCAGUUUCAUAAUCACUCAAAUACUCUAGAUCGAUCGGUUCAGGCGCUCACAGAUGCAUUUAUUCGGACUUUGGAGGAUGAGAAAUUUUAUUCCACAAUCAACACUGUCUUAAGUACCGCCUCCAAAAUUCACAACACGAACGGAAAAGACGGUUCGAGAUGCGUGCUGUGCCACGUGGAGGUUGCUGAUUGCUCGUUGUGCUCCACUUGUUCAGCCAUCAGAGAUUCUUGCAGUGAUCUUCUCUCCCGGUUUCUGUAA